UAAAUACUUGAUUCAAUCAUUGGUUUUUUGGUGGUUUCAAUCGAUCAAAACCUUCACCAUUUGCUUUAUUGUGAAGAUCAAUCUCUAUAAAUUUCAUUCUCAGUUGCAAUUUGUCGAAAAGCUCGUUUGAAAUGGCGAUAGAUCUCUACUCUGACAAUUCCGGUGGUACGACGACGAGCCCUCGGCUUUCCUUCUCGUAUGAUCUCUCUCAAUCUGAUACUGUUCCCGUGGAACAGAUUCUACGAUCAUUUUCGUCAUCUAGCGUCGAUUUCAAUUUCUGUGUUCAGGAAAACUCAGACCUCCACCAGGCUUCCAUGGCGGAUGAACUUUUCUCCGACGGUAAAAUUCUCCCAACGCAAAUUAAGUCAACAACUGACAGAGAUAAACGCGCAGUGCCAACUCCACCGCGUGCGGAAAACCAAAAGCCACUCUCGAUGCCGGUGCCACCGCCGGAAGACGAGGAGUUAAAACAACAAAAUUCGAAGUCAUUUUGGGGGUUUAAGAGGAGUAGCAGUUGCGGAAGUGGAUACGCUCGAAGUUUAUGCCCCAUUACUCUGCUAUCUCGGAGCCAUUCAACGGGAUCUUCAACUAGUUCUAAACGAUCAUCGUCUUCAAAAGAGGGAUUAAACCAAAAACAACAUCGCAACUUUCAAAAACCCUCAGUUUCUCAGAAACCGCCAUUGAGGAAAUCAGGUUACGGUUAUGGAAUCAAUGCUACCACCGGUACCAACAAUGGAAUUCGGGUGAAUCCGGUUCUGAAUUUGGGGUUUGGAUCCUUCUUCUCAACAAACAACAAGAAUAAAAACAAGAAGUGAUACGACGAUCAAUGAAGAUAGAGAUUAGAACUUUUGGGAUUAAUUAAUGAUUUGAUUAGUUGCUGAUUAAUUAAUGAUGGAAGGUGUUAGGAUUUGGGGUUGAGGGUGGGUGGAGUGGGGUUGAUGAAGAGGAUAAAACAAGGCACAUGCGAUUGAAGAUUUUGCAAAGAUCAGGUAAGAUCGCUUUCAUGGGGUUGUCCCCAUUUCAUUCUGCUUUACUUUUUAG